GAUAACCACUAUUUUGUCAUCAUUGUAUUGUUUUAUCUUCUAAGCUCUGAUUCCAAUUACAAUCAUCCACUAUGUUUAAUAGCAGAAUUAUCACCCAAUGAAACAAGAUAUGGAGAAUGAAACAACCAUGGAAGAAAACCAGCAACUACCAUUAACAUACGUCAGCAGUAGCAGGGCCCCACUGCUAAGCAAAGACACAGAUAAUAGGUCUCCACCAGAAGCAGCAGCUACUAGAGUUGUUAUAUUCAGCACUCUGGUUGCCAUUUCUGGUUCCUUUGUUUUUGGUUCAUCUGUGGGAUUUUCAUCACCAGCUGAAUCUGGAAUGAUUUCUGACCUGAGACUAACUUUAGCACAGUAUUCAGUUUUUGGAUCAAUAUUGACAAUUGGAGCAAUGAUAGGUGCAAUACUAAGUGGCAGGAUAGCUGAUCGUUUUGGAAGAAAAGGCGCUAUGGCAUUCUCGGAACUUCUAUGCUUUGUAGGAUGUCUUGCCAUCGUAUUUGCAAAGGUGGCUUGGUUACUUGAUACUGCAAGGCUACUGAUCGGCAUUGGGAUUGGAAUUCUUUCUUACGCAGUACCUGUGUAUGUGGCCGAGAUUACUCCUAAAAACCUUAGAGGGGUGUUUACAGCGGCCCAUCAGCUGAUGAUUUGCUGUGGUGUAUCAAUAAUGUGGCUUAUUGGAACUAUUAUUCGGUGGCGCAUCCUUGCUUUAAUCGGGACUGUUCCGUGCAUUCUGCAGCUUGUAGGUUUAUUAUUCAUCCCAGAGUCCCCACGAUGGCUCGCGAAAAAUUCAAGAUGGAAGGAAUGUGAAGAUGUUUUGAAGUACCUUAGGGGACGACAAGCCAAUAUUUCACUCGAAGCUACAGAGAUUAGGGAGUAUACAGAAAGCCUUCAAGACUUAUCUGAAACGAAGUUUCUUGACCUGUUCCGAAAAGAAUAUACGCGUUCACUGAUAGUCGGAGUUGGGCUGAUGGUGUUUCAACAAUUUGGAGGUGUUAACGGAAUUGCAUUUUAUGCAAGUUCGAUAUUUGAAUCUGCAGGUUUCUCAGGAAGAGUGGGGACACUAGCAAUGGUUUCACUGCAGGUUCCUAUGACGGUUGUGGGCACUCUUUUGAUGGAUAAAUCUGGACGACGACCUCUUCUAAUGAUUUCGGCUGCUGGUACUUGCUUGGGUUGCUUCUUGACAGGCUUGUCAUUUUUAUUCCAGGAUCUUCAAAUGUGGAAUACUAAAGCUCCCUCUUUGGCACUCGUUGGAGUGUUGAUGUUUUCGGCAUCUUUCUCAUUGGGCAUGGGUGGUGUACCAUGGGUUAUUAUGUCGGAGAUUUUUCCGAUUAAUGUGAAGGGUUUAGCUGGGAGUCUAGUAACGGUGGUAAACUGGCUCGGUUCGUGGAUAGUUUCGUUUGCUUUCAACUUCUUAAUGAGCUGGAGUUCCCCUGGUACUUUCUUCAUAUUUUGUGUGAUUUGUGGUUCAACGGUCAUGUUUGUUGCAAUACUUGUACCGGAGACUAAGGGACGCACCUUAGAGGAGAUUCAAGCAUCCAUGACAUUGGGUAGAUAGAUGGCAAAGUUAUGUGAAAAAAUUUUCCUAGCUUUAUCAUUCAUCCUCUUGAUUAGGUUAUAUGCAUAUGUCCUAUAACACUUGUUGAAUGAUAUAUUAUGCACAUUCCUAUAAUUUAAUGAUGUGAAAGAUCAUGUGAUUCCUGGUGGAGAA